AUGUCUUACCAAGAUUAUCCUCAAAGGCCUAAUAUAUUCUUUUUAAACAGACCACUACAUUCAUUCAUAAUUGAUCUUGAAGAUUCCAUAAUAAAGAAAAUAUUCACCAAUCCUGAAUUAGAGGAAAUGGCAAAUACAAAUAUUAAGACAGAUCCUGUUGUUGAUAAGGUUUUUGUAGAUGAAUUGAAUCGUUUUUCUGAAAUCACUACCAUUCAAGGAUUUUGUGUUGCAUUAAACAAAUUAUCAACAAAAUGUUUGGAGACAUCAAAUAAAGAUGAUCCAACACCUAAAGAAUCAUAUCUUCUGAAGAAGCUAUCUUCACCACAACCAAUACUAAAGUAUGGUGCAUUAGGUAUAGUUGAAACUAACUUCUCUGAAUGUUUUGGAAUACCGGAAGCGCCAUGA